GGGGUAAGGGGAGGCCGCGAUGCGCAUAGCGAUAGUCCUGGCAGCCAUGGUGGCAGGAGGAGAGGCGUUCACAAUGUCUUCCUCCCCACUGCUCUCCUCAUCUUCUCUUUCAUCUUCUUUGCUGUCCUCAUCGUCUUCGUUCCUCUCUCCCUCCACAAGGACCACUUCUCCGGCCCAUCGGGUGCUCGCCCAACGUGGCAGGGCAGAUCAGAGCUGGAUUAGGAGGAGAAAGGCGACAGGUAUCGUGGCAAGUUUUGUGCCAGACAAGGAGUUUCUUAAAAAGCAAGAAUCGGCUCAGGCCGAUGCGAUGAUCCUGAGAGAUCCCGUGAAGUUGACAAACACAAUCACCAAGGAAGAGGUGUCCAUCUACAAGAAUGGCGCCUGCGUUACCAGCUACAAGACACCUGAUUAUGAUGUCUUCUUCGUUCGACCUGAUGCUGUUCUUGAUGGAAGCAAACCGAUCUCCGGAGGGGUCCCCAUCUGCUUCCCCCAAUUCGGACCAGGCGAAAUUCAGCAGCAUGGAUUUGCUCGGAACAUGAAGUGGGUCUGUGUGGAUGUGCGGGAGGAAAACGCAGCAGGGAGCCGAUCUCUCUCCUGGUUGCGGGAGGGAAGUAGAGCCAUCUACGAGCUCGUCCCGAACAAUGAGACUAGGAAGAUGUGGCCGAACUCGUUCAAUUGCCGCUAUCAGAUUGACCUCAACUCUGGAAACCUGAACCUUGAGCUGCGGGUGCAGAACAAGGGUAAAAAAGCCUUCUCGUUCACUGGAGCUCUGCACACUUACUUUGCGGUUGACGAUAUUGACAAGAUCGCGAUCCAAGGCGGGUUCAAGGGGAAGAAAUAUCUGGACAAAACUCUGUCGCCUCCUGCAGAGAAGACGGAGACGGAGGACGAGCUGCGGAUUUCUUCAUUCACCGAGAGGAUCUACUCGGAUUGUACUGAUGAUAUCCGCCUCAAGGAUGGUGACAAGGAAGUCGUCAUCAGAAGCUCUCAAGGGUGGAAGGACAUCGCCAUUUGGAAUCCUUACGGAGAGGAGAAGAUGGGAUACAAGAACUUCGUCUGCAUUGAGCAUGGCGUGAUCUGCGAGCCAGUCGUGCUCAACCCAGGCGACGUGUGGGUGUCGAGUGUCGAUAUUCUCCCUUACUUCAAUGGACUUCCUGCGUGGAUGCAGAGCAUGGACUCGUAAACGAGCAUGUCUAAUGAAUGAAGAAUAAAAAUCUCCCACCGCG